ACAGAAAGUAAACAAUCUUCUCUGUAAUAUUAGAAUCAUUAAAUUUUGAAUUAAAAUGCAGUGCGUUUGUUGCCUACUGGAAAGUGCAGAUAAAAAACUUAUCGCUGCAUUCUCUGCUGCUGAUCGGAAACUUUAUAAAGAAGGCACCAAUCUUAAUUUAGAUUUUAUUGAAAAAUUACAAAUCUGUAGGAACUGUAAAAAUUCUUUGAAAUCAUCUGUUGAAUUCCUAAGAAUGUGUAUAAGAUCAAAUAGGCAAUUAAAACAAACCACUUCGGAACACGUACAGUUGAGAACAUCAAAGAGAAAAACGAAAAAGAAAUUGCAAAAAGAUCAAGUGCAACAUGACGAAACUUCAAAUACUGCAACCGGUUUAGAUACAUAUUCAACAUCUGAUGAUGAAGUUGAUACAACAGUUAAACAAGAAGUUAAUGGAGUGACAGCAAUAAGUGUCAUUGAAUGUUUGAAUGAUGGGAAGGAUUCGACAAUCGUUAAACAAGCAACUGAAGAAAACAAAACUCCUGGAAAAUUUCUUUGCACUGAAUGUGGAAUGUUGUUUUUAACAUCUCAAAGACUAGAAGUUCACAGUUCUACACAUACUGGUAUAAAGAAAUGGGAAUGUCAGGAAUGCGAUAAAGUCUUUGCCACAAAAUUUACUUUAAAAGCUCAUAAAAGAACCCAUACAGGCGAACGACCAUUCAAAUGUGAUAUGUGUCCACUUAGUUUUGCUCAAGGCAGCUCAUUAACGUGUCAUAAAAGAAUACAUACAAAAGAAAAGCCAUUUGUAUGUAAAAUAUGUUCAAAGCAAUUCUCGCAAAACACGACACUGAAGACUCACAUGGCAGCUUUGCAUCUAGGUAAAACAGUGGAAUGUGAUGAACCGGGAUGUAAUAAAAAAUUUACUAGGAGAAGUUAUCUGCUUAUUCAUAAGAGAGAUCACAUGGGUGAAAGAAAAUAUGCUUGUGAUCGAUGUCCGAAUCAGUACAAGCAAAAAUCUCAUCUUGACCGUCAUAUGGAAGCAUCUCAUUUGGGCGUUAGACAUAAAUGUGAUUUUCCUGGGUGUACCUCCGAAUUCAGUAAAUCUUGGUCUUUGAAAAUGCAUAAGUUUGUACACAGUGCAGAUUCUACAACGCUUCCAUACAAAUGUAAAUCAUGCGAUUUAGGAUUUCAAAGACGUGAUAAACUUUUGAAACAUAUUUCGAAAACACAUUCAGAAAAAGAUUCAGAAAUACAAAAGGAAUCAAAAGAUGUUCAAGGAACAUCUGCGAUGGAUUUACAUAAUGACAAUUGCAAUUAUAUCGUUGUCUCUUCGCACGAAAAUAAGAUGGUCAAUGGUGAACAACAUAUGAAUGGAAUGAGCAAUGGCCAUCAUAGUGAUAAACAUAAAAGCAGUAGUCAUAAGUCAUCCAGCAAAGAUAAACACCGUGAUAAAGAAAGAUCAAAGGAUCAUAAAAGCUCGAAAAGUAGCCAUCGUGACAAGGAGCGUGAUAAUGAAAAGCAUUCAAGUAGUAAUGGUAAAAGCAAGCACAGCUCAUCAUCCACCCAUAAAUCAUCUCAUAAAAGUAAAGAUCGCGAUAAAGACAAGGAAAGAACUGGCGAUGAUAAAGCUAAAGAUCGAGAAAGAUCCGAUAAGCAUAAAAGUUCCAAUAGCUCGUCUAAGGAUAAGCAUUCCAGCACUAAUAGUGGUUCUAAGCACAAAAGCAAAGAUAAAGACAGAGAUCGUGAUAAAGAUCGUCAUCGUAGUAGUGGCGGUGGUGAUCACAAGAGUAGCUCAAGUGGAUCUAAGCAUAAAAGCAAAGAUAAAGAUCGUGACAGAGAGCGGUCAGAUAAGCACAAGAGCUCAAGCUCUUCAAAUAAAGACAAAUCGUCGUCGUCACGUCACAAAGAUUCGGAAACAAUUCCUGAUGUGAAGGUUGAAAAUAAUAUCGUGAAGGAAGAGCCGCAGUCACCUAUUAAAGAAUUUUCUAUAAAUUGCGAACGUCUUGACUUGUCUCAAAACAGCUCAUGCGAUUAUUCCUUAUCACAAUUCAAGGAUGAAGAAUGUUCGCUACCUGUAAAGUCUGAAAAUGAAACUGAAUCGGAGGAUCAGAAUAGUUUUGUGAAUGUUAAAGGCGAGCCUGAUGAUGAUUAUUAUGAGAACGAAGCAACUGGUGGUAAUGUUGAAGAGGAUGAUUCAGAAGAAGAUAUUCCCUUAUCGAAACGAAAAAAGGUUGAAAGUGACUCAGAAGAUGAGGCUCCACUUAGUGUACGUAAGAAGAUGAAAGCUGAGAAGAAGGAGAAAAAGAAAAAGCGAGUGAAGGAGGAAUCGGAUGACGAUGAAGAUGACGAGUCUGAUUAUGGUAGAACGAAAAAGAAAAAAAUAAAGAAAGAAACUCCAAUGAAGAAAUCUCCAAGUAAACCCGCCAAGAAAGAAAUUGAAAGUCCAACAAAGGGUCGAAAGAAGAAAAAGGAAGAAGAAGAGCACGAAGUAUGGAAAUGGUGGGAAGAAGAGAAGAAAAAUGACGGCACAAAAUGGACAUUCCUAGAACACAAGGGACCGAUGUUUGCACCACCAUAUGAGCCACUUCCCGAUCAUGUUCGCUUUGAAUAUGAUGGAAAGAAAAUGAAAUUAUCCGAGGAUGCAGAGGAAAUUGCUGGAUUUUAUGCUCGCUUAUUAGAUCACGAGUACACCAGUAAAGUUGCAUUCAAUAACAACUUUUUCAAGGACUGGCGAAAAAGCAUGUCGAAGAAGGAAAGAGAAAUUAUCACAAAUUUGCACAAAUGCAACUUCCGUCAUAUGCAAGUGUACUUUAUGGAGCAAACGGAAAAGAAUCGAAAUCGUACAAAAGAGGAAAAAUUGGCACUCAAAGAGAAGAAUGAAGCGAUACAAAAGGAAUUUGGAAUUGCGAUAAUUGACGGUCAUAAAGAGAAGAUUGGAAAUUUUAAGAUUGAACCGCCGGGGUUGUUUCGAGGACGUGGUGAACAUCCAAAAAUGGGAACGUUGAAGAAAAGAAUUGUUCCGGAAGAUAUCAUCAUCAACUGUUCGAAGGACAGUAAAAUUCCGGUCGCUCCCAAAGGUCAUCGUUGGAAAGAAGUUCGACACGACAACACCGUAACUUGGCUUGCAUCAUGGAACGAAAAUGUUCAAAAUCAAGUUAAAUAUAUUAUGUUGAAUCCAAGCUCGAAGAUAAAGGGAGAGAAGGAUUACAUGAAGUAUGAAACAGCACGUCGACUUAAAAAUAAGAUUGGAAAAAUUCGCGACACUUACAUGGCUGAAUGGAAGUCAAAAGAAAUGAGAAUUCGUCAACGAGCCGUCGCACUUUACUUCAUAGAUAAACUUGCAUUGAGAGCUGGAAAUGAGAAGGAUGAAGAUCAAGCUGACACUGUCGGUUGUUGUUCAUUACGUUACGAGCAUGUUGCACUUCAUGAUGAACUUAAUGGAAAGGAAAAUGUCGUUGUGUUUGAUUUUCUUGGUAAAGAUUCCAUUCGGUAUUACAACGAAGUGUCUGUUGAGAAGCGUGUCUUUAAGAACUUGCAGCUUUUUAAAGAGAAUAAGAAAGAAGGCGAUGAUUUGUUCGAUCGUCUCAACACGACGAUGUUGAAUGAACAUUUGAAAGAAUUGAUGGAUGGCCUCACCGCGAAAGUGUUCCGUACCUAUAACGCCUCAUUCACUUUACAAAAUCAGUUGGAGGAACUCACAGAAGACAGUAUGACGGUUCCUGAAAAGCUUCUAGCUUACAAUCGUGCUAAUCGUGCAGUGGCAAUUUUGUGUAACCAUCAACGAGCCGUUCCAAAAACGCACAGCAAAUCUAUGGAGAAUCUUAGAGAAAAAAUUCGUUUGAAGCGUGAACAAGUUGAAGAUUGUCAAAGAGAGUUGAAGGACAUUAAGCGAGGAUCAGCUAAAGGUGCAAUUGAUAAAGAAAAGAAGAAAAAACAAUUGGAACGAUUGAAGGAGCAAUUAAGUAAACUUGAAAUACAAGAAACAGAUAAAGAUGAGAAUAAAACUAUUGCACUUGGAACAUCAAAACUCAACUAUUUAGAUCCACGAAUUUCUGUUGCUUGGUGUAAGAAGCACGCCGUUCCAAUCGAGAAAAUCUUUAACAAAACUCAACGUGAUAAGUUCCGUUGGGCAAUCGAAAUGGUUGAUGAAGAUUACGUCUUUUAAAGCAUGUUAAGUAUUGACUUAACGAAGUAAAUGAAUUUUCUUCUUUCUUUGUUUUAAUAAGUAAUGAAUUGAUAAUUUAGUUUCAAUUUUCUUUAGAUAUAGUGUCUUAAUUAUAUAAACAGCAGUUAUUAACUAUCAGAAAAAGUAGAUUUUAAAUUUCAUAAGUUUUAAAUUCCUUUUUUUCCAAUUUUCAUUGCAAAAUCUGCAAUUUUUCCCUUUUUUCUUUCACAUUAAUAAAAGAAAGCAAAAAUAAGAUUAAUGGAGUAUCAUGUUGUAAUUUAGUAGAAUUUAUAUCAAAAUAAUCAACCGAAAAGGAAGAAUUAAUUAGAUAUUGUUAAGUAAUUCAACAAGAAAAUCCAUAAAACUACUGAAAAAAAUUAAAUUCUUUUUUUAUUAUUAAAAUUUUUCGUUUAAACAAGAAAACUUAUGAUUAACGAUGAUCAAUGACGUAGUUUUCUUUAAACUUUCUGAAGCAACAAGUAAAAAUUUUCUGAGAUUUCAGUGCAACAAAAUGAUGAUCUUUAUACUUACUAGCAGCUCUGAAAAAAAAUUAUUUUGUUUUUGUGAAAGAUGAAAAUAUCAAGAAAAGUUUUCCUUCAAAUUUUUUUUAAAUGUAGAUUAAUUAAUAAAUUGAUAUUUUGAGAAUGAGAGACAGAUAAAAUGAAUUCGUAUUUUCAUAAGUUAAAGCAACAGUUGAAACGAUUAAAUUUAAGAAGAAUAAAACUUAGGAUUUUAAUUAAAAGAAAAACAAUUUCCCCAUCGUAGUGUUUAUGAAAAAAAAAUUGAAAAUUUGAAUGUGCUUUGAAAUGAAAAAUGAUAAAAGAAAAAUUAUGAAUUUUAUUUAAAAAUAGUGCAAAAUGAAUCAUGAAAUCGCCCUGGACGACUAUAUCAUUAUUUCAUGAGAACCUCCAUUACACAUGACGUUUUGCAGCCUCAACCCUUAUUGAUAAUGAUUAGAUAAUUAUAAGUUAUUUGAUAAUCGACGUUUUUUCAAUUUUCGGUUUUCUUCAUUACCUUAAACAUUUUUCAAUCUAAUUGAUAAGAAAAAAAAUCCUUUGUGCUUGUAUUCAAAUCUAUCAAUAUAUACAAGAAAAAUUGUGAACUACUGAAAAUAAAUAAAAUGAUGGAAAAAAAGC